AUGUCGAUCUACGCGCCGUCGCCUGCCUUCGAGAAUGCGGCCAGCUAUUUAUCAAAAGCAUCGUCAUUGUCAUCGGUGUCCAAUACAAUAAAGCUAGAGCUCUAUGGCCUCUACAAGUAUCUUACAGUAUCGCAUGCGCCCAAUACAUCCCGACCUCAGCAAGACCACGGCGAGCGAGCGAGCGAAGCGGAGGCUCGUUACAUCGCCAUUGCCCGGGAGCUGGGCUGGGCUCCCCCGAUGAGGGUACGCUGGACUUGGACUCGGACGAUGAUGAAACCUCAGAGUCAAGCGGGGGGAUUCGGCUUUGGCACCUCCAAAGGCGGGGGCGCCCUCAGCGAUCUCGCCAUUAGCGGGAAUGUGCACGAAUUACGGGCAUAUCUCGACGCAAACCCGAACGUGGACGUCAACGUAAAAGACGAGAAUGGCUACACUCCGUUACAUCUAGCAUGCGACAGAGGACACGCAGAUGUCGUGCGCCUCCUGCUUGAACGAGGUGCUGACCCGAGCAUCAAGGAUGACGACGAUCUCACUGGGAGGGAGCUUGCAGAGAUUUCGGGACACGACGAGAUUAUGAGCGUACUAAAGGCUGCGUGA